AUGCUGAGACGUAUUGGUCAGUUGGGCCUCGCAUCAGGUCGUCAAAGAUGUCAGAAUAGCUACAAGCUCGUUGCAGCCAAACGUCUCUUUUCAACAGAAACAACAGACGCUGCAGCAGAAACAACUGUCAAGGAGACAUACAGAGCCAAACAACGAAAAUUCGGUGUUGGCACUGCGUUGCUGUGCACUAUUCCAUUCUUCACUUUUUACCUGGGAUGCUGGCAAGUGCAGAGACUUCGUUGGAAAGUAAACUACAUUCAAACACUGGAAGAUCGUUUGCAUAGAGAAGCCAUCCCAUUACCCAAGCGUAUCAAUGCUAACGUACUUGAUGAAUACGAGUACCGUAAAGUAUAUGCCAAGGGUCAUUACAGACAUGACCAAGAGAUUUUACUGGGUCCCAGAACAAGAGGCGAUGGCAAUGCAGGCUAUUUUGUGAUUACACCCUUUGAGAGAGACAAUGGCACCACAAUCUUGGUCAAGAGAGGCUGGAUCUCGCCCGACAAGAAGGACCAGAAGCUUCGUCCCGAGAGUUUGGAGACUGGCGAGGUGGAAGUCGUUGGUUUGAUCCGUGUGAAUGAAGAACGCAACACAUUUACCCCAGAUAAUGACAUUAAAGGCAAUCAAUGGUACUGGGCCGAUGUGGAUACUAUUGCCAAAAUGUUCAAUACCCAGCCCAUCAUGGUUGAACGAGUAUCAGAUCUAUCCCCAUCCAGAGAAUAUGCUCUGAUUGAAAAGGGUAUCCCCGUUGGCAGAUCGCCUACUGUGGAAGUGCGCAACCAUCAUUUGAACUACUUGAUUACAUGGUAUUCUCUCUCGUUGGCAACUUCUGUUAUGCUGUGGCGAUUGCUGAGAAAGCCACCUGCUAGGCCUGUCAAAAUCAAACGUAUUUAA